AUGGUAAGCGAGCGCACCAGAGGUGAGCUAGAUUUUUUGCCCCGCCUUCUAUUCCGCCGGACACGUGAUCUCGUACCUGCCCGCCUGGCUUUCUGUCGCCGGAUAAAACGUUUUGCGCAUGCGAACUGACCUUCUUUUUUCUGCGGGCUUCAGUGGAGAACAAGCAGGUUGAACAUGGCAGAUUUGCCAGAUUCUUUUGAAGGCGGAGAUUCAGGGGCCUCAACAACGUACCCCAUGCAGUGUUCUGCCUUGAGGAAGAACGGCUUUGUCAUGCUAAAAUCUCGUCCGUGUAAGAUUGUCGAAAUGUCUACCUCUAAGACUGGCAAGCACGGGCAUGCCAAGGUACACCUUGUUGGAAUUGACAUUUUUACUGGCAGGAAGUAUGAAGACAUAUGCCCUUCCACCCAUAACAUGGAUGUCCCAAAUGUGGUUAGGAAAGACUACCAGGCCCUUGAUGUGGUUGAUGGCUUUUUGUCCAUCUUGGAUGAUUCCGGGGAUACCAGAGAGGACCUUAGAAAUCCAGACAGUGACAUCGGCAAAGAAAUUGAGAAGAAGCUUGAAGCUGGGGAUUCAUUUAUGGUCACUGUGAUGAAGGCUAUAGAUGAAGAAGCAGUCGUCGGCAUAAAGCCUAUGAAUUAAGUCCAGGAGCAAGCUGAAGAUGCCACAGUCUUUGCCACGCAUCUCUGCCACGAGUUAGUCGCCUAAAAUCUGAAACUGUGGACUGGGUCAGGUUGUGUGCUUUUUUUUUUUCUUUUUUUUUGACAUUCAAUUUGUGCUCAGAACUGAGGAGCUCAAUGAAGUUACCAACAACCAGCCAUAACAUUUUGUUUUAAGUAUGGCUUUUUAUUCUUACACACACUCCACGAUGAGUUUAUUGCAAAAGUAUGCCUUUCAGUAACUCUUUUAUGGAUGGAAAGUUCAAUCUUAUGAAAAUAGAUGACAGCCAAUGAUGUGUAAAAUUGUUGGCCUACAGUUUGAGGUAUUUUAUUUUUUUAGGUAGUGGGUGGAGGGAGAUUAGAAUAUUUUUGUGGGUGGGUGCUUUGUCUUUUGAAUUUUUUUCCCCCCUUUUACUUUUGCGGGUUAAACCUUAUGUCUGGUUUGUACUCACUCAAGGCUUGCUUCUCCCCCUCCAAACCCUCUGUAAGGGAUGUGAUUGGUCAGCAACUAUUACAUUUCCUGUGUGUACGAGUCGUUGAGGGCCCGAAGGCCCGCAAACGCUUCUGACGCAUAAACCAGUCUCUAGUGUGGCUCACAUGGAGGUGAUUGGGAAAAUUUGGCUGAACGUUUACAUUGACACGCCAGAACUUACUGGGAACAUGUGUUCAAAUGCUCACUGUUGCCUUAAGGCAAAGUUGCUCAUUCUUGAAGCCCAGACUUUCUCCGCAAGUUCACCUUUCCACCACAAGGCCUGUAGAUGACAGAAAUUCAAUUGUGACAUAAUAUACUGGCGAGACGACGUGUAAUUUGCUAAUGAAUUAAUAAACUAACUCGACACAAUGCAGUGCCGACACCACCUGCAAACAAGCAACACGCUUUUGCAUCAUCUUUCGUUAUGUGUAAUGCUUUUUUUGUGACAUGGACUGUUACGUAAUCAAUGUACAUCAGUGGUCGGAUAACUUAAACGUAUCCACUGGACCUCAAUGCUACUCUACAGUUUUCCUUUUAUUGCUCACUGAUGAACGUGGACCUUUUUGCAAGCAUGACACUUCGUUAACAGUAUUUCCCUUGAGACUGCAGCCGGAAAUACCGGGUGACCGCCAACAUGUUCACAAAGUUGGUAAACUGAGCCACGGCGUUCCUCUUCACGCGUGGUUGCGUCUGACUACGACUCCACCGCAACCCGAUAACCACUGCUCUCAAAGACUUCAACUGUCCCAAAUGAGGCUCUGACCAGAAGGACCAGUUUUAUGCAAAUCUCUGGAUAGGUUUGCCUGCUAAUUCCUCACAGGCUGGAGUAGGUUUUGCUUUCAGAAUCCUAACCAGAUCUUGUCUCCGGCUUCAUUUUUCUUUUUUCCUCCUGCAGAGCUUAGUGCCGCCCCAUCUUGCAUUCCACUGGAAGAAUGCAAAUUGUCUAGAACAAAAGGGUCAAAACCUAAUGUGGCCAUGCUUUUUAAAUUCUUGUUUUUGGGGGCGGCGGGUGGGAAUCUGUCUAAACGCAGUUUACAUCAGUCUGGGUAAAUGGCCCUGUUGGUGUCCUUCACAUGCGUCUGCAUAGCAUUCAUUUCUCUCAGGGCUUGAAACUUUGCCAUUUUAAAGUUGCCGCAUUUGUUAGGCAAGCGAAUUAGCGUUUUAGCUGCAAAAGAAGCCUGUCUUAUCGGAGGAUGUUACUACUACUUGUGUGUGUGUGUGUGUGUGUGUGUGUAAAAUAGCAUUAAUUCCUUCAAUGCUGCUGCUUGUUUUUUGUGGUGCGACAUAUAUAGGAUGUCAAACCAGCUACUCAAGUCUAAAUGUAUAUGCAUGCAUUUUUUUUUUGGUGUUGAGACCAUAUUUUGAUGAAUUUUCUCCCAAGUGUGUGAUGCCGGUGUAACGUUGAGCCAUGCACCCCUGUCGAGUUGUACGUGCCGUAGCUCAAUCGUGUGGAUUUCACCUAUGCAGAUAUAAUAUGUAAGUAAAUAACGUUGUAUACGUACAGGAGUAUCAUCUAAUCAUUUAUUAAUCCUUGAAUAGGUUGCAAUGUAAAACAGGCAAUCCCUCGCCACUUUGCACUUACAAUUUUGCAGCGUCACUCUAUUAAAUCAUGUUUCAUGGUUGAAUGUGACCUAUUAGUGAAAAAAAUAGCCCCCCUUACCCCUCUCCCUGGUGCAAGUCUUCAAGUUCGUAUGUUGUAAAGUGUGCUUAUUUGUGCCUACAGUAUGUGGCUGAGGUUUUUUGCCAGGCCCACACUGUACUCCCCCAUAGGAGCAUAGUUUGAAAUUGUUUUCUCCUCCCCGCUCCUUGUUCUUCCCUUUCUUCUCCCCCCUCCCAGUCAACCUCUCCUGUCUACCCCCCGUCAUAUUGUAUGGUAUGUUUAUGUACAGACGGGUGAUUGCACAAUUUUGCUUGUACCUCUGUAUAAGUGACAAAGGCCAUUCUGAAGAUGCGCAUAUUUAAGCAAAUGUUAUCCCUUUUGCCUAAAUUAAGCAUUUAUAAGCAUAAAAUAGUCUAAAUGAACUAAAAUACAAAGGAGACAUUCAGCUUACUCAUUCAAGAUGCUGUGAUGGAUUAUUUUAUACGGGUCAGUAGGUGCCAGUAAUGUUUGGACUGGAACCAAUUAACAGUGAAGUGAUAAAUGAGGGAUUACUGUAUUUACAGUACAUGUACUGUAAAACUUUAAUGUAAUGACAAAAUACACAAAAGAUUGAAUCACAGAAAUGGUACACGUAGAACAUUUAAAACAGGUUUCCUUGCUAAACUUGGAAACUGGAGGGUGCAUGGCUCUGCAUUAUACCAGAUAUGUGAUUUGAGUGUACAAAAAACUGGGGAAAAAAACCUUAUUUGGACAAAUAAAGUUUUGACUUUUAAAAUGUU